UUGAAUUAAUUAAGACGUUUCGUUCGCGUCGUCCUCCUCCGGAGAAAUUCGGGAUGCCUGAGAAUAAUAGUUUAGUGCCUCCGCCAAGGAUUCACCAUUCACCAGUGCCCUCGCCGCCUUCUUCUGUUCAACAGCAGCAGCAACAGACGCCCUCACCCGUAUCGUGUCCUUAUCAUGCAGCUAACGGAACUCUGGUUUCCGCAUUUGGGUCCACCAGUUCUGGCAGACCGCCGCUGUCGAUAAUCAAAUUCCUCGAAUUGUGUCUGGCCGUCGCUUGUACUGUCCUCCACUACUACAGUUUUGAUGAUGGCGAUCUCGUGACGGGGUUCUUGGCAACUGGUACAUUUUGUGGAUACAUAGUAAUCCUGACUACGGUUAUGGUUGGCUACUUGAUGAAGGCGCACAUCCACCGGCGUCUGAAUCUGUUCUACAGCCUGCUGGGAUGCGCUCUGUUUCUCACGGCGGGCAUUUUCAUCAUCGAAGCCUGGGAGCACGCCUUCCGGACGCGAACCCGGGAUCUGGCCAUCACUAAGGGCUCGAUAGCCAUCAUCAACGGGGUCAUCUUCCUGAUGGAUACGAUUUUCACCUUUCGCGAACGAAAGUAGAGAGCACGAACGCGCUUCCAGAUAAUGAGUACAAAUAAACGGCAAUAAAUUUUCCCAUGAUAA